UCCGGCGAAACAAGUCCGAGUUUGAUUCCGCAAAUUAAACCCCAGCAAAUUAAACCCUAAACCCUUGUUCAAACUCCAGUACCACCAAACUCAGCCAUGAAUAGAAUACUGCUCAGAAGAAUGCGAUUUGCCGCUACUCUCACCCAACUAAACUCCAUUCCCAAAACAGCUCUUAAACCCCGAAUCUCACCUUCACUUUCUCUCUCCUCUUCUUCUGCAUUUCCGCACCUUCAUUUCUCAUCUCAAGCCUCACCGUUCCCUAAAUCUUCCGAUGUUCAAACCACUAAUCAUCCAGACGCUGACGAUGAUAUCACCACGGAAGAGCUGAAGCGCAGAAUUAUCAGGUACAUGAAAGAAGGUGACACGGAAGUUCUUCCUUCCAUCUUUGAAGCAAUACUAGUAAGAAAGUUGAGUGGUAAACAUGAUGACGCAGACAAUGAAUUGAUGGAGGAAUUUCGUUCAAAGACACAACAAGAUGAGGAUGACCGAUUUCAGUCAGAUGAAGAUCUCACAGAAUCAGAUAAGGAUGUCACAGAAUCAGAUGAGGAGCUCACAGAUUCAUCUGAAGAAGACAGUGAUUGAAGAAGUGGUUAGUUAAGAAACUAGAAGAAAAACAUUUUAUGGAAUGUUGUACUCAAACUUAAGGAUGAAUUGGUAGGACCUCCUGUUAAGAAUCACGAUAGAGCGUAACAACUUAACAGGAUCACAGCUUGAUCGCAGCCAAGCUAAGAAGUAUACGUUCUAUAAGUCACCUAAUGCAAGCUUUUGUACUAACAAUUUGAAUGUUUCUUCUGCAUUUCAUUGUUCUCUCACUCA